AUGACGCCGUACACGGAGAAAUUGCAAAACUGUUACUGUGUUCCAUUUCGAUAUACUAUUUUCGUAUUGUUUAUUAUUCUCAUAUCCUAUUUUCAUAUAUAUUUUAAGCGUAAACAAUUUCAAAAUAUUACUUCAAAAAUACCAACAAUCUUUGGAUUACCAUUUAUUGGAAUAGCAUAUAAAUUGGUGCCUAUUAAACGUUUUUUGUAUAAAUUAAGUGCCUGUUUUGAAGAGCUUAGUACAUCAACGUAUUGCGCGUGGCUAGGUACAGAUCCGGUUAUUAUAACUAUAGAUCCAGAAAUAAUCAAGACAAUUGCAACCUCCUCGGAAUUUUACAACAAAGCGGAAAUAAUAUAUAAUCCCCUUAAUAACGCUAUACGUGAUGGGAUAAUCACUAGCGAAGUUCAUAAAUGGAAGCACAUUCGCAAAAUAGUAAAUGGCUUCUUUAGCCACAAAAUGUUGAUGAGCCUGAUUCCUCUCUUUAAUCAUGGUGCAAAUAAUGGUGUCCAUCGCCUAAGUAAAAUUUCUAAUCAUGGUCAACAUAAGAUAUUUGAUUUAAUCAAACGAGUCAUACUGGAGAUAUCAAUCGAGGCUACAAUGGGUGUUGACAUGAGGAAAGAUGCCGCCGAAAAUUAUGAACUAAUGGAAUCAUUUAGCUUUUUGCUGGAGAGAGUCGCCAAAGAUUCUGCAUGCUCUACAAUGGGUCUCGGAUUCUUAGCACGAACACCUAGUUAUUAUAGAUCAAUAAGCUUUUUGCGAAAUUUCAUCAACAAAUUAAUAGAUCAACGUACAAACAACAAUACCAAAUCAAAGGACGAAACGUGCGUGUAUGACGAAGAUAUUGGCAAAUCCUUUCUAGAUAUUGCACUUAAUUACUAUGGCAAUGGACAAUUAGCAAAAGAAGAUGUUAUCAUUGAGUCUAUCAGUUUAAUUGGCGCGUCAUUCGAAACGGUCGCUACCGCAAUUUAUUCGUCCAUAGUAAUGUUAGCUAUGCAUACAGAUGUGCAAGAGAGACUUUAUCAAGAGAUUCAUAAAUUGCUACCACAAAAUGAUAUUCCAGUUGCGUAUGAUCAUCUAAAAGAAAUACCCUACUUAGAUAUGGUAGUUUCAGAAACGUUACGCGUCAUUCCCCCCAUACCGCUUAUUGGACGACAAACAAUACACACAACGAAGUUGACAUCAGAAUUAAUUUUGCCGCCGAAAAUGCCGGUGUUAGUGCCGAUAUUCAGUCUGCAUCGUUCAAAAGAAUUGUGGGGCUCCAAAGCUCACCUAUUCAAUCCAGAUAAUUUUUUACCCGAAAAUGUAGCCUUAAGAGAUCCCUAUAUAUAUAUGCCAUUUUCAAAGGGUGCCAGGAAUUGUGUUGGUUGGCGAUAUGCAGAGAUCGCAGUUCGAAUUAUACUUAUGGUAUUUGUGCGGAAUUUCAAAUUUUCAACGACAUUUAAAUAUGAAGAUCUUCGUUUUCUCGACCAUGUAAGUUUAUGGUACGACGUUGAACCGAAGCUAAACAUUGAAUUAAGAAAAGUUUAAGGUUGUUG